CAACAAUGACAAAACGGCACGACGGGAGAUAAGAAUGACAGCAAAGAGCAAAGAGCAACUCCAUGAAAAAGAUAGAUUAGUUGCUAGCUAACUAGUUGUGGUCUCCGUUCUCUCCAGGAAGAACUCAAAAAUGAGUGCUGAGAUACCCGCAGGCAAGCGGCGUCGAGAAGCACAAGAAGAUGCUGUCCCUAAGAAUCGCAACAAGCGUCACAAGAAGAAUCCAGCGGAUGAUCUCAUCUGUCCCAUCACCAGAGAGCUGCCGUGGUCACCUGUCAUUGCUCUGGAUGGUCGAACCUAUGAAGAAGUAGCAAUCAAGAAGUAUUUCAAUCGGCAGCGGGAAAGUGGAGCUUCAAUAAAAUCACCAAUCACCAAUGAACUCAUGGGCGAAACUCUCAUUCCUACCCCUCAUAUCAGAAGCCUGAUUGAAACAUUGGUUGAAAAUGGAACCAUUCAAGGUGAUGUAUUGGUAGCUUGGAACAUCAAAGUCAAGCAAAUGAAGAAGAAGAACAAAUUGCUACAAAAGGCGAAUGAGGGCAAUGUGCGCGCUAUGCUGUGUUUGGCAUGCUUCUACCCAGUCAAUGCCUACAAUUGGAACAGAAAAGCACAUGAUGCUGGCAGUGUGCUUGGAACAGCUCGAGUUGGGGAAACUCUACUGAAAGGAAUAGGUGUAACAAAAUCAUUGCCACUUGGCAUUAUGUACCUCACCCAGGCAGCAACUGCAGGAUCUGAUCUUGCUGCGUAUUGUCUUGGGAAAUUUUGUGCCGCAGGCCAAUAUGGCAUGCCUGUCAGUGAAAAAGAGGCUAUUGUUUGGCUGCAAAAAUCUUUGGGAGCGUGCACCCACAAAAAUUUGAACGACGAAGGAAAAGUGAUAGCACAAGUCCUGUUGGACAACCUUCUGAAGAAGCCGAAUAGUGCUGCUGGAGACAGGAUCACACUGAGUGACUCCUAUAGCUCUGACUAACGAAUUACCUGGCUGGCUGGCUGGCUGGCUGGCUGGCUGGCUG